ACCGAAGUUAAUUGUAGACUCUGUUUCCCACUAUAUAAUAUUCCAUAGUUUUAGAGAGAGAAGAAACAACAGAAGAGGAAACUCGUCAAAGAAAGGAAACCAAACAGAACAGAGCAACACCCACCAAAAACAGAGCAUCCGAGUUACGCCCAUGGAGUGGGUUCGCGGCGAAGUAGUCGGCCGUGGAAGCUUCGGGACUGUGAAUUUAGCAAUACCCAGGAAACAGAGCACUGGAUUUCCCCAGUUCAUGGCGGUGAAAUCAUGUGGGUCUUCGCACUCUGCUUCCCUCAUGACCGAAAAAUCGAUAUUGGACGAGCUCAGCGGUUGCCCACAAAUUAUCCGGUGCUUCGGUAGCGAUUCCAGUAUCGAAAACGGCGAGAAGCUUUAUAAUCUAUUAUUGGAGUAUGCUUCGGGGGGAAAUUUAGCUGAAAAGAUUAAAAAUCCCGGUUGCCGCAGUUUGCCGGAAUCCGAAGUCCGGCGACACACGAAGUCAGUGUUAAGCGGGCUUCAGCAUAUUCACAAGAACGGGUUUGUUCACUGCGAUAUUAAGCUUCAGAACAUCCUCCUCUGUUCUGGCAAUCGAAAUGAUGUCGCGAAGAUCGCCGACUUUGGGCUUGCGAAGAAAGCCGGAGAGAAGAGAGAGAAAGUACGGUUCGAGGUGAGAGGCACGCCGCUGUAUAUGGCGCCGGAGACGGUUUCCGCUGGCGAGAUUGAACCGCCAGCCGACGUGUGGGGUUUGGGGUGUUUGGUGGCGGAGAUGGUCGCCGGAGCUCCGGUAUGGCGGUGCUCGCCGUCUGAUGACGUGUGCAAGCUGUUGAUGAGGAUUGGUGUGGGUGAUGAAAUCCCAGAGAUUCCCCGGGAUUUUUCCGAAGAGGGAAAAGAUUUUCUUGGAAAAUGCUUUCUAAAGGACCCCGCGAAGAGAUGGACGGCUGAGAUGCUUUUGAACCAUCCGUUCGUGGUUGAUCAAGAUGAUACUGUUCCAUUGGACGACACACGCGAAGCCUCUACUACGGGAUCGCCUACAGGACCGUUCGAUUUUCCUGAUUGGGAGUCGCCUUGUUCAAUUACUUCUUUUCCCUCGCCGGAUAAAUCGUGGGGAUCAAACAGAUUGUCGAGUGCAUCCGCCGCGGAGAGGCUGCGGGGGCUGGUAACGGAGCGGAGACCGGAUUGGUCUGUUUUGGACAGUUGGGUCACUGUGAGGUAGUUACUUUGUGGUAUGGGGAAUAGCAGUAGAUUUUUUAGCAGAUUUUUUAUUUGGUCAAUGUUGGAUUCUUUGAAUUGUUGUAAAUAUAGGAGGAGGGGUGAGAGGAAGAGAUUGGAUUGGUUAGAACUAGACACAGAGGAUGAUGUAAGAGAUAAUCUGACACCAUUGAAGAGUCCCAGUUGGGGGAGCUCAGUUUGUACAGUGGUUUUUUUUAAAAAUUUUAUAAAUGAAACCAAUUUUCUGGGGAA